GUGGGAGACGGAGGCGUGGACUGAGUGGACGGGGCGGGGCUCCUUCCAACGGAAGGCGGGGCCUGGUGGGCGGGCCCCGCCUCUUCCACCGGGUCUCAAGAGGGGUCCGGUUUUCGGAGUGCUCUGGGGCUUCCAGGCGGUUCCGUGUGGCGUUUGGUAGCGCGGCGCUCAGAGGCCAGACUCUCCCACUUCCCUUUCGCGGAACGAAGCGGAGGGCUAGAAAGCUGUACAAUUGGCUUUUGUCCUAAACUGUCUGUAGCUAUGGACUUGCCUGAUGAAAGCCAGUGGGAUGAAACCACCUGCAAAAUGGCUGUUUGUCAGCAUCCACAAUGCUGGGCAACAAUCCGCCGGGUUGAGAGGGGCCACCCUCGAAUCCUAGGCUCUCCCUGCAAAACAGCUCCGAACAAUGAAGACAAAUCCCCAGUGCUCACCAUUGUAAACAUCUCAGAUGUCUGCUUCCCGACUAGGGGACUUGCUUGUGGCCAUUUAUCAGGAUUUACCUUCACCAGAGCUCCCACUUUAUUGUGUCAAGGUUCAAAGUUUGACUCCAAAUUUCAAGACAGGCCUCGGAAGGCUCUACCUGCCAAAGAUUUAACUCACUGUACUGACAGGUCUCCUAAACUUUCAGUGCUGAAUUUGAAUGAGACACAACUUCCCAGCUCUCAAGAUGCUAGAAAUAUGGUUGUCGUCUGGAUCCCAGAACAACCAGAGAAGCAUGUGAGACCAGCUGAGAAGCGCACUGUGUCCAGGCAGGAUGGCCAAGUGAGCCGUGCAGCUAACGACCAUUUUCUCAAUGGAAAGCAGAAUACAGAAACACAGCUGGGACCUCCCCGGAUGACCGUGCCUCCCCCCUCGCCAGUGCACCUUUUUAAGCAACUGACUUCACGGUUCAUUCCUUUCUGGAACCAAUUUGACAUGGAACCAAUACCUCAGCAUCUGUUGAAGGACCUUUUGCCUGAUGAAGGGAAAAGCAGGCCUUCUCUGGAGAUGAAGAAGAAACUUCCCCUGGAAAAGAGCCGACCCGACAGUGCCAUUUCUGCUGAGAUGUUUUUAUCUGUCCACCGCCUCACCCUGCAUAGACCAGCAUUGAGAUACCCUAAACAUUUGAAGAAAUUGUCUUCUAACCUGAACACAGAAGGUAGAUUUUCUGGUGCCCUAAGAUCCUCAGGUCACCAGAAGCGGCAGCGGCAGCAGAAGCAGCAGCGGAGGAUGGUGAAAACGCCACCUGAGAGACAGGAGGCUAAAAAGAAACCCAAGAGUGAUCCAGGGAGCCCGGACAUUUUGCAUAAAUGUUCAGGUUGCAGAACUCCACCAGAUUGGAAAAGUGACAAUAAGCAGCCACAGUGGAUGAAGUUAGAAGAUCCCACCUUGAAGCCGGAUUCCACAGAGACACCACAGAUGGAGAAUUAUCCAGAUUCUUUCCUCAGUAAGGAUGAUCCUGAAUUAUCCAAGACCAAACCUUCGAACAAGGACAUUAGCACUCAGGAGGUCAUUGUGCUGGAAUCCCGAGAGAGGAGCCUGGGGGACCUUUCAGACGGUACAUCGAGAAUAAGGUGGAACCCUGAGCUCAAACUACUGAGGAUCCUCCAGGCCACUGACGAUGAGGAUGAGGGGAACCAGCUCUCCACGUCAGAGGGUGAAGGGUCUUUCAAGACUUCGCAGGGCAGCCUUACUCCCGAGCUGGGUCCUUAGAAUCCUGAGGACAGCGACUUUGGACAUCAGGGCAGAAAGCAGAGGGGACUUCUGCUGCCUGAAGGCUUUCCCAGGGCCUGACCGUGGAUGUUCUGCUUUCUUUGUUCACUUCUCCUUGCCUCUAAAAUAAGUGAAGGAGAAAAAAGACUCUUCCUUUUUAAAUGUAGAUUGUUUCUAUUUCAUUAG